AUGUCCGACAACAACAGCCCCACUGCCGCCGCACCCACGGGAACUGAGCGACCCCAGGAGCCCGGUCAGGGAGCUGCCGCCGAGACGACCGCGGCCGGUGCGAAUGAGGGCGAUGGCAGUGUCGCGCCCUCUACCUCAACCGUUGCAGAAUCGAUAUUUGAGUCCAGGCUGGAGAAUGGAAGAACUUACCACAAAUACAAAGACGGGAAGUACUGGGCACCUAAUGAUGACACAGAGCUGGACAGACUCGGUAUGCUUUCUUGGUGGGGUAUCAAAAUCAUCGCUUACAAGACGGUAGACGUUGUACACAAUCUCUAUCUCCUGACUUUCGACUACGCCCUGGGAACUGCACCGCCCAAUGACGAGAACUCAAAGGUCGGGCGUGUCUUGGAUGCCGGCACCGGCACUGGCAUAUGGGCGAUCGAAUUCGGGGAGGGCCACACCGAUGCUGAGGUCAUUGGCGUUGACUUGUCUCCUUCUCAGCCCCAAUUUGUCCCCUCUAAUGUUCGUUUCGAGAUCGACGACAUCGAGGAGCCGUGGACUUUCAAUGAGCCCUUCGACUAUAUCCACAGCCGGAUGAUGAAGGGUAGCAUUCGUGAUUGGAAAAAGUUCAUCCAGAGUUGCUUCGAUAAUCUCACUCCCGGAGGAUAUCUUGAGCUGAACGAUAUCGACUUCUUCCCGAAAACGGACGAUGACACCAUCCCGAAGGACAGCAAACUUAUGAGGGCUUUCUCUCUCUGCUUUGAGGCGCUAGAAAAGCUCGGGUCUCCAUUUGAAGAGGUCAACCAUUUUGAGAGCAUGCUCACAGAGAUCGGGUUCGAAGACGUUAACGUGAAACGUUUUAAGUGGCCCACGAACCCUUGGCCCCAAGACAAGAAGUACAAGAAACUAGGAGAAUGGAACAACGAGAAUCUUUCGCCUAAUCUGGAUGGACUUCUCAUGGCUCCAUUGACGCGAGCUUUGGAUAUGUCCAAAGCAGAGGUUCACGUAAUUGCGAUGGAGGCUCGGAAAGAGCUCAACAACCCAAGUAUUCACGCUUAUUUCAAUGGCUGGUCGAUCUACGGACGGAAGCCAUUGAGAACCGGGGACAGCCAACCCCCGGCUGCAUGA